CUUGUUACCUACAGUGACGGACAGUUUCCCAAAGUCGACCCACGAUGCGUCUCGCCAGCGGUCACGUCGCCGUCCAGCUGGAAGGCGAAGAACUGGCGAAGAUACAGAGAGAUUUCGGGGGGUUCAGCAAGGGGUUGGUUCGCUUGACGCCCGGGAGGUGGGUGUUGCCGGCGCCCUACACCAAGUUCGCAGACAAGAUCUAUAAUAUGAAGUUCCGUGCGAGUGACGUCCUCAUCAUGACGUACCCGAAGUGCGGAACGACGUGGACGCAGGAGGUCGUCUGGACCAUGAGGAACAACCCCAACCUGGACCACCCGAAGGCCAGCAUUCCCGUCAAAGCUCGUUCGCCCUUCGUCGACUCUGACAUGCUAACUCACAUGGGGAAGGACGUACACAAUAACGAACUCCUGGAGAUGGUUAAGGAUAUUGUGCCACACCCCGAUCCUGACGAAGGCCUGGCGCUUCAGAUGACCGCUAACCUCCCUGACCCUCGGACAAUCAAGACCCACCUGCCCUUCUCUCUCAUGACCCCUGACCUCCUCGAUACGGCCAAGGUGAUCUACGUGGCAAGGAACCCCAAGGACGUGGUCUUGUCCUUCCUUCACCACAGCAGGCUGAUGAAGAGUAUGAGCUACGUGGGCUCCUUGGAACAAUAUGUGGAUUACUUUGUUAAUGACCAGCUGAUCUACGGGCCCUACUGGGAGCACCUGCGCGAGGCCUGGCCCCGGAGGGACCACCCCAACAUGCACUUCCUCUUCUACGAGGACAUGAAGGCGGACCCCAAGGCGGAGCUGAGGAAACUGAACCAGUUCCUCGGAACUGACCUGACGGAGGAACAGCUGCAGAAGAUCGCUCACUACACCAGCUUCGAGGAAAUGAAAAAGAGGGACGAGGUUUUCUACCAGACGAGAGGAACCAAACGUGUGAACACUGAAGUGAGCAAGAAAGAUGGUGGUUUCUACAGGAAAGGAGAGGCCGGUAGCUGGAGAGGCCAACUGACGGACGUGCAAGAAACCAAAAUUGAUGACUGGACAAAAGUGAACUCACUGAAACUCGACAUCAGCUUUAGGUACUCAGUCUAAUGUUAUAAAUGAAAUAUUGGUGAAAACCCUUGUUCUAAUGAAUGUUCGUAGCUGAAAUUAUUUUAUAAUCUAUAACACAAAAUAAUGUAUUUGUGUGUUUGAUGGAUAUGUAAAGUAAAAUUCAUCAGAAAAAACACACACACAUACACCUGGCAUUAUGAAGUUUUAUUCUUACUAUUAAAGCUAAAAUGUACAAGCUUUUUUCAUAUUCGUUUUAAUCAAUCCUGCAAUAACACUGAGUAUUAUAUCAUAUCGAAAAUAUAACUUAUUCUAAGAUAUACAAUGAAACAUUUCUUUAUAUUGCUGCUAACCAAAAUGAGCUGAAAAUUAUUUAAAGAAUAAAAAAUGUCCGAGAAUAGUCAAAAUCAGAAUAGAGCAUUAUAUCUAGCUAUAUCUGUGGAUGAAAACACUCCAUGAUUGUAAAAAAAAAGUAAAAUAUCAGACGAUAUAUAUUUAUACAUACAUAUACAUAUGUCUCUCUCUCUCUCUCACUCUCUCUCUCUCUCUCUCUCUCUCUCUCUCUCUCUCUCUCU